GACAAGCUUCGCUGGUCCUUUGCAGCACGAGGGCGGUCUCGUAGCCGUGAUGGCUGAGUCCGGUGCCAGCAUCAGCGCACAGCAGGGUGCCACUCCUACGGACACAGUGGUUUGCGUUGAAGGCACUGGCGAGGCAGUCGACAAAGCAGCAGCGCAGAUACAGCAGAUGUUCGACGAGUUUGCGGAGGCUGAGCGGAAGAAGGUGGACAGUGAGCAAAUGGACCAAGUGGAAAUACCACAGAAGCUCCUGAGCGCCACCGUUGGCCCCAAUGGCUCCGAAUUGCCAAAAGUGCGGGAGAGCUGUGGCGGUGUGAUGAUUGCGCUCAUGCCGCCCUCAGAGGGAGGUCACCUCACCGCCUUCAUCGGCCCAGGGACAUCGGAGCAGGUCCAGCAGGCCAAAGAAGAGCUGCUACGUCGGCUGCGGCGUGCGGAGUCCGGGGAA